UUCUGUAGUCCAGCCCAUCAUUCCAUCCAAAACAGAAGAACUUGCGAUCAAGCGCGAGCGCUUGAGAAAUGGCGGGCGGUGGCUUCGUAGCAGGCGACGGCCGUGCGCAGGAGUACGGCGGCCGCAUGACGUUCUCCGUCGUGGUGACCUCCCUCAUGGCCGCCUCUUGCGGCCUCAUCUUCGGCUAUGACUCUGGCGUCACAGGUGGCGUGACACAAAUGGAAUCGUUCCUGAGCAAGUUCUUCCCGGAAGUGCAGAGCAGGAUGAAGAUCCCGAAGCAUGACGCGUACUGCAAGUACGACAACCAGUGGCUCACCGCGUUCACGUCAUCGUUGUUCAUCGCCGGUACUCUCUCGUCCUUGGUGGCGAGCCAAGUGACGAGGAGGGUGGGCCGUCAGGCAAUCAUGCUGAUUGGUGGCGUCAUGUUCCUUGUCGGUUCAAUCAUCAACGCCGCGGCCGUCAACAUUGCCAUGCUUAUCAUCGGCCGGAUUCUACUCGGGUUUGGUCUUGGGUUCACAUUACAGUCAGCUCCUGUGUACCUCUCUGAGACAGCGCCGGCGCGGUGGCGAGGUGCAUUCACGUCGUCGUUCAACACGUUCGUGGUCAUCGGCAUACUGUCGGCGACCAUCACCAACUACUUCACGAACCGCAUCCCUAGGUGGGGAUGGCGCGUCUCCCUCGGCCUAGCGGCCGUCCCGGGCGUCAUCGUGGUGGUGGGAGCCUUUUUCAUCCCGGACACCCCCAGCAGCCUCGUCCUGCGAGGCCAGCCCGACCGAGCUCGCGCGGCGCUACAGCGUAUCCGCGGUGAUGGCACCAACAUCGAUGCCGAGUUCAAGGACAUCGUCCACGCCGUGGACGAGGCCCGCCGGAACGACGUUGGCUCUUUCCGGAGGCUAUUCAGCAAGCAGUACCGGCACUACCUGGUGGCAGGGCUGGCUGUACCCGUGUUCUACGAGUUCACCGGCAUGAUCGUCAUCUCGGUAUUCUCGCCUGUGCUGUUCCGCACGGUGGGGUUCAGCAGCCAGAAGGCCAUUCUUGGUUCUGUCAUAAACAGCAUGACAAACUUGGUGGCGACGGUUCUGUCCUCCUUCGUCAUGGACCGCACCGGCCGCAGGUUCCUGCUCAUCAUAGGUGGAAUCGGCAUGUUGCUCUGCGAGGUGGCCAUCUCGUGGAUCAUGGCGGGCCAUCUCGGGAAGCACCAAGGGGUGACGAUGCCGCAUGGCUACGCGACCGCUGUGUUGGUCCUCAUCUGCCUCUGCACCUUCAGCUUCGGUCUGUCGUGGGCACCGCUCAGGUGGGUCGUGCCGGCCGAGAUCUACCCGGUGGAGAUCCGAUCGGCCGGGCAGGCCUUGAGCAUCUCUGUCGAGCUGUGUCUCUCCUUCGUGGAGCUGCAGGUGUUCAUCGCGCUGCUCUGCGCCAUGAAGUACGGUGUCUUCCUCUUCUACGCCGUCUGGCUUCUUGCAAUGACCAUCUUCGUGGCGGUAUUCCUCCCGGAAACCAAGGGCGUGCCGCUGGAAGCCAUGCGCUCAGUGUGGACGGGACAUUGGUACUGGAGGAGGUUCGUCAAACAGGAUGCCAACCAUGAAAGGCAAAUCACCGGUGUGUCAACUAAUUAGUAAGUGCAGAUAAAACUGGUUCGGAAGUGAUGUGUAAUUUAUUUCAGCAAAGCGUCUUAGUAAAAAAAAUGUAUUACCAAAAAUGAAGAUGCAAUAUACUGUAAGAGGGUGUUGGGUUAGGCUUAGGAGUCUUUAGGAAGAUUUCUAUCUUGCCAACGACUAUCUUUGUUGAAUCAAAUCUGAGGUCAAAUUGUGGACUAUUGCAAGGGCUAAACACCUAAGGUACAUGAUGUCGGGAGAGUUAUUUGUUGUAGUGUGGCCAAGGCCGUUUUUUCCUUUGUAAUACUCUUCAAUUUUAGUUAAUGAAAAUGACAAAUCUUUUUUAGUUG